GAUUUAUUUUUGCGCCCUCAGACAGUUCUUCAAAAUAAGCUGAAAAUAUUUCGUGAAAAAUAUAUGCUCACAUCCUUCAAUGGAUUGCAAAUUGCAGAAGACUGAGAAUACGAUUGAGUAAAUGAAUGGGGUUUGCGCUCAACUUGCGCCAUUUUCUUCUGAGAGACCUCCUUCUUACGAAACAUAAGAAGACGCAUUUUUCGUCUUCGUUUCCACAACUCUGUAAAAGAGAGGCAAAAAUGGCCGCAACGGAGCAGCAGGCGUUUCAGCUGAAAUUAAAUCCGUUGACGGGAGAGUCUGAAUGGGUGGUUAUGGAGAAAAACCCUCGCGAACAAGAAGACGAGUCACUAAGGGAUAUAAUGGCGCAUACAUCUUACUUGGACAUGCUGAAUGACACCGACAGGAAUCGAGCCUAUGACCUCGCCAUUCGAAAGACAAUACGACGCCCCUGCCAUGUUCUCGAUAUAGGUGCAGGCAGUGGCUUGUUGUCCAUGAUGUCUUUACGUGCCAUGAGAGAAAUUGUUUCCUCACCUGAAAAUCUUCCAAAAGAGGGUCUCGUCACGGCUUGUGAUUCUUAUCUUCCAAUGGUAAAAGUAGCUCAGAAGGUUUUGCAGCUGAAUGGAAUGGAUGAUGGAAUACAUCUUAUUCACAAACGGUCUGAUGAAUUACAAAUUGGUCUUGACUUGCCUUGUCGUGCUGAUGUUCUAGUGAGUGAGAUAUUAGAUUCAGAGCUCCUUGGUGAGGGCCUUAUACCAACACUUCAACAUGCUCAUGAUCAUUUGUUGACACCAAAUGUAGAGACAAUUCCGUUCAAAGCAACUAUUUAUGGACAGCUGGUCCAGAGUACAUUUUUGUCCAAGAUGCAGGACCUGCAUGGCAAUGAGAUUCUUGCUUCAGAUGGUUUAUUCCUUUCACCUGUUGGAUCCAAGGUGUCUUUAUCUUUAAAACCUUCUCAACAUGCAAUGCAUUGCGACCCUGUUUCUGCACAUUUACAGAUGCUAUCAAAGCCCUUCAAAGUUUUUGACUUGGACUUUUGGAGAAGACCAGAUGAUCAUCAGAAUAUAGAAACUAUAGUUAAAAUAACUGCAGAAGGCAAACUCCAAGCAAUCAUUUCAUGGUGGGUGCUUCAACUUGAUAAAGAGGGAACCAUCUUCUAUUCUACAGCUCCCAAAUGGAUCAAAUCUUCAUACAAUAAUUUAGGAGGACUUGGAAAUUUUUUUGGUGGUUUACCAUGGUGCAAUCACUGGAAACAAUGUGUGUGGUUCAUUCCUGGUAGUGGCUUAAGCGUCUCGACAGAUGAAGAAAUCACUGUGCAAGCAGUUCAUGAUGCAGUUAGUAUCCAAUACUGUGUGAAAAGGAAUGUCCCUGGAAGUGAAGAAUGUUGCAGACAAAUGAACAGUGCAGAUCUUAAUUUGUUUGUAAAACCAGAAAGAAUUGCUUUAUUAGGUGAUAAAGAUUGGAGGUCAGCUAUGUUAGCUGUUGGAAGGCAGUGUUUGCAGGGCAGGUCAUCUCCUUUAUGUGUUGUGGUGGAUGAUAGUCUGCCUCUCUCAAUCAUUGCAGCUUCCGUUUCAUCUUCUUCACAGGUUAUUUCACUAUUUCCAGGCAUUGGAAAGAUUGGAUUGCAGUACUUGCAUAAUGUUGCAGAAAAAAAUGGUUUCUCACUUGAUCGUGUGCAAGUAUUAGGAAAAAUGGCAAAGCAACUAACAAUGGAUGACAUUGAAGGAAAAAAGGUGGAUGUUCUGUUGGCUGAACCUUUCUACCUUGCGAAUGAGGGAAUGCUACCUUGGCAAAAUCUACGAUUUUGGAAUGAAAGAACUCUGCUGGCUCCGCUGCUAUCUGAAACUGCAACUAUCAUGCCAUUUAAAGGGAUCCUACGUGGUUGUGCUAUGUACCUUCCGGACCUGUGGAAAAGUCGUUGUAGUGUUAAGGAUGUUGAGGGUUUUGACCAUUCUGUCAUAAAUGAAAUAAUGGGAGCUUGUGGAGAUCGACAAGAUUCACAUGAUGGGCCUGUGCUGCCAUAUGCAAUUUGGCAAUGUGGUCAUAACGAGGAAAUCAGUGAAGAUUUUACACUCAUGGAAUUUCAUUUUGCGGGAGAAAUACAAAGAACUAUGGGAAAAGUAACGGUUCCACUACCAAAUUAUGCGCUAUGCCACGGAUUUGUCUUCUGGAUGGACUGGGUUAUGGACUCUAAAGAAUCUAUUGUAAUCUCCACAAGACCAGGUCAAGGAGAAACAUAUUGGAAGCAAGGUGUGAAACUCCUGAGGCAACCAAUAAAAGUUGGAAAUAUUAACCGUAAACUAGAUGGAGAGGGUGUAUCUAGUUUUGCUUCCUCAGUUCAAGUAGGGGGAGUCUUUGAUCCGUCAACUGGUCUCGUAGAUAUUAAAUUAGAUUUUAUAACUUAAUGUUUAUUGUCCUAAUGUUUCUUGCAAAAUUAGAGUUAUGUUAAGCACUCAAUCUUCUCUUUAGCUUCAUCAUUCUUAUCUUUUGGAGCCAUGCUAAGGAUAGAUAGCUGCUUCAAAAACCCGCAUGUUUGUGCAAUUUUUGACCAUUGAAAUAGUUAAGGAAAUAAUAUUUUGAUAUGUCAUAACGAAUCCUUAGUACAAACCGAUCAGAACAUAUAUUCUCGUUCUUGUCACAAAAAAAAAAGAAAAAGAAAAGUUAAAA